UGUUUCUCGGCUGAUGCGUGACAUGCAACCCCUCCUGCAGCCUGCUGAACCAGACUGCCAGAGCUAGAGCCCACCGCCUCAGUGUUUCACUAGGAGGGAAACGUCAAUGAUCCAGCACCCAGGAUGUUGGACAACGAAGAGUUCAUGUUGGAGACCUCCCCGCGGGAGCUCACCCAGAACCCGCUCAGGAAGAUAUGGAUGCCGUGCAGAAACGGGCACAUAGCUCAGAGACGGGUAUGUAUGACAAACUGCCCGACCCUUAUUGUGACUGUAGGACUUCCAGCCCGAGGGAAGACUUACAUUUCAAAGAAGCUUACGCGCUACUUAAACUGGAUAGGUGUGCCAACCAAAGAGUUCAAUGUUGGCCAGUACCGGAGAGAGUGUCUGAAGAUCUACAAGUCCUUUGAGUUCUUCCGUCCAGACAAUGAAGAGGGCUUAAAAAUCAGACGUCAGUGUGCGAUGGCAGCACUUAAUGAUGUUCGGCAGUACCUGAGUGUCGAAGGAGGACAGGUUGCGGUCUUUGAUGCCACAAACACAACAAGAGAAAGAAGAGGGACCAUUGUGAAGUUCGCCGAGCAGAAUGGGUUCAGGGUAUUCUUUGUGGAGUCUGUGUGUGAGGACCCUGAUGUCAUUGCACAAAAUAUUGUGCAAGUUAAGUUGGACAGCCCAGACUACAUUCACUGCAACACAGAGGAGGCCAUUGAGGACUUCAUGGAGAGGAUAAAGUGUUACGAGUCCUCCUACCAGCCUCUGGACGAGGUACUGGACAGGGAUCUGUCCUACAUAAAGAUCAUGGACGUGGGCCGUCGUUACAUGGUGAACCGCGUCCUCGACCACAUCCAAAGCCGAAUCGUCUACUACUUGAUGAACAUCCACAUAACACCACGCUCCAUCUACCUGUGUCGCCAUGGCGAGAGCGACCUCAACAUCAAGGGGCGGAUCGGAGGAGACUCUGGCUUGUCUGCCAGAGGAAAAGAGUUUGCCAAAAGUCUGAGGAAAUUCAUCCAGGGCCAGAACAUCAAAGACCUCAAAGUGUGGACCAGCCAGAUGAAGAGAACGAUCCAGACAGCGGAGUGCCUGGGAGUGCCAUACGAACAGUGGAAGUCUCUCAACGAAAUAGAUGCUGGUGUGUGUGAGGAGAUGAUGUAUGAGGAGAUCCAGGAGCAUUACCCUCAGGAGUUUGCACUGAGAGACCAAGACAAGUACCGCUACCGCUAUCCUAAAGGAGAGUCCUAUGAAGACCUGGUGCAGCGGCUGGAGCCUGUGAUGAUGGAGCUGGAGAGACAGGAGAAUGUUCUGGUCGUUUGUCACCAGGCCGUCAUGCGUUGUCUUCUUGCAUAUUUCCUGGACAAGACUGCAGAUGAGCUGCCUUAUCUUAAGUGCCCUUUACACGCUGUGUUGAAGUUGACCCCCAUGGCUUAUGGAUGUAAAGUGGAGUCUGUCCCAUUAGGCGUGGAUUCUGUGAACACACACAGAGACAGACCAGAGGUAGGUAUCCCAAGCAGCACACAGAAAUGUCUCUCAGCAGGCGACGUAGACAACUUGAAUCCACUGCGAGGGUGAUUCACCUCACUGCGUACUCCAUCCAACUCACCUGUGACCAGGGUCUCAAUCGGGAGGAUGUCUCUCAGUAAACACUGUCAAAUCUGUGUGGGACUUUCUUUUGAUUGUCUCUGGAGAGGUACAUUGUAUGUCUUCCAUGGUAAUUAGUCUGCAUCUCCCUACUGAAGCAGGCCUCACAGUCAGUACUGAGCAGCCCCUCUCUUCUUUUACACAUGGCAGAGGAAGCUGUGUUCAGUGUCCGUCCGCCGGCGAUCCCUGACGGCAACCAAGACGACUGUGACAUCACUUAGAAUUGACACUCCUACCUCCAUCCUAUUAGCAAUCAAUUCUAAUUUUUUACUUAUCAUGCUGGGUCUUUUCUUUUUCUCUCAGGUCUUCUCCUAUGUCGGCCCUGAGAGCACUGCAACUUAAAACACAGGCAACUGGCGAAAACAUCCAUUUGACAACACAUUUAGAUUUUUUUUUUAAUAAAGCUGUGAAGUGAGGAAACGCGCUGCAAAUACAGAAAACAACCAAAUUCAGAAACACUGAACACAACAGUUUAGUUUAUUUCUAUUAAGCAAAUUAAUGUACAUUGCAUUUGUUUUUGGGGUAGCGAUGACACAGUGGAUAAAACACAUGGUGUGAGAGACCUGGAUUAAAUUCCCACUACGACACAUCUACCAAUGUGUCCCUGAGCCAGACACUUUAACCCUAGUUGCUCCAGGAGGCGUGCUGAUAUCACUUUGUCAUAUCACUUUGGAUAAAAGCGUCAGUUAAAUGAGUAAAUGGAAUGUUUAAACAUUCAGAUUGCAUGAUUAAAAAUUUUAUUGGUAGGCUAGUAAGGAGCAAAAGGUUAACGUAGGUCAACAGCAAAUAUUUGAAAUAAUAUCUGAAUCAUGCAAUCAGAACGUUUAAAGGAAAGGAAAAAAUGCAUGGUAUAAACUUCAUUUAAUUUAUUGAGCCAAAAACUACGUCACCUGGAAACUUCUGUUUUUGAUUGCGUCACUUUGCAGCAUUGUUUUGUUUUAAAUUUUUUGUAAAUGUUGCACAUGUUGUCAUAUGUAAAAAUGUUUUCUCCAUUUGCUUGUUUUUUUUUAAUGCAUGUUUAGUUAAGUUACAGCAUGAUGAGCUUUUAGGGCCAUGGUAUUUUUCUCUCUUCUUUUAACAUCUUCAUAAGUACAUAACUGGAAUCAAGUUUCAAGACAAAGCACUUAGCUGUGUGUGUCUAUAUUUGUGAGGAACAAUUUGAUUUUUAGACCUUGGGAGCAGAGAAGGGCAAUUUUUGUGGGAUUCCUGCUGGAUGGGAGUCAAUUUCAUUAUUCAUCACAGGACUGGGACGGGACAGGACAAGUCAACGGGAGCAGGCGGGACGGGAAUCAUAGCUCAGUUUUUUUUUAUAUAAAAAUGCAGUUCUAAUAUGAAUAAAAUCUAUUUUUGUUCGAUUAUUAUAUUUUAAUUGGGAAUGGCAUGGGUUGGAGUGAAAAUAAUGGACCUUCAAAGGGCUGUUUGACUACAUUUCAGAGUUAUGGUUAGAAUUAGGUUUAAAUUCAGUUUAGGGAAACAGACUAGGAAAUGCACUAAGGUUCCUCACAAGUAUAGAAGUACAAACGUGAGUGUGUGAAUAAAUACAACAGUGAAUGAAUGAGAUUACAUUAAUAUUGUUUUUAAAUCUGUCUUUAAAUAUCAUGUAAUAUAACAUUGGGCAUUUUUUAACUAAUGAAUGUUAACCCUGAUUAUGGUUUGUAUUAACAUGAAGCCAUUUACAAGUUAUAUAAGCUAGCUGUUUGUUUUUUUUUCAUACUUCUAUGUAUACCAGUUCAUGUAGCCUUUUUGUUGCAUAUGAAUUGACGAAAAAUAUACGUUUCAUCCCAGUAAUAUCUUUGUUUUAAAAUAAACUUUGUCUCUAUGUCAUCACUUGUUUACUGUUUAAAUGUAAAGGGUUAAUCUGCAAUGCCCACCAAAAUGUCAGUAAAAAUCAGUAGACCUCUCCACUCCAAUCAAGAUGUGCACCAUUUACUAUAAAAUCCUCUCUAAUAGUUUUAACCUGGGUAAUGGAUAUCACACAUGCUUGAAUUGUUUUAUCAAAUGUGACUUUUUUCAUAUUUGUUUGCCAAGGUUUAUUGUAAAUAUAAAAUCUAAGUUGAAAAGAAACCUCA